AUGCGCAGUGUGCGAACCCUGAGCAACCCCAGAAGUGACACUGCGCCUGCGUGCAUUCGGAAUCGUUUGCAGGAAAAAAAAGCGCUCGACGCCGACUACUUCAGCGAGGGCCGCGAGUGCGUCAACUGCGGCGCCAUCCAGACGCCCCUGUGGCGCCGCGACGGCACGGGCCACUACCUGUGCAACGCGUGCGGCCUCUACCACAAGAUGAACGGCAUGAACCGGCCGCUGAGCAAGCCUUCGCGCAGAAUGAAUUCUGCUCGCAGAGCAGGUAUGUCUUGUUCAAACUGUCAGACAUCAACAACAUCCCUCUGGCGAAGAAAUCAAUUGGGAGAGCCAGUCUGUAAUGCCUGUGGCCUUUACUAUAAACUUCAUGGUGUUAACCGCCCGCUGGCUAUGAAGAAAGAUAGUAUACAAACAAGGAAAAGAAAACCUAAAAGUGGAGCCAACAGUGGAUCUAAAAAUGAAUCUGGAGGCUCAGCAAAUAAUUCCACAGUUUCGACAACGGGAGUGUUAGCAGGAGUAACAUCAAGUUCAACACCUAUGGGUCCGCCCGCCAAAAGAGUCAAGUUGGAGCAUUCUGAUAGCGGCUAUCUUGAGUGUCAUACUAAUUCUGCAGUUAGUGUACUUGGAAGUGCUGGAUUAGGCACCCCCAAUGGGCAUGCGUACCCAGGUUCACUGUAUGCAUCUUCAACAUAUUCGCAUCAUAUGCUGAGUAGCUCUGCUCCUCCUGUGAGUUCACCUGCCUAUUAUGAAUUGAUUCAGCCACAACAGCACCAUCACCAUCAUCAACAACACCAUCAGACUGUUCAGUCUACUGGACACCAUUCUCCAAAGUGUUUCCCUUAA